UUUGAGUUUUAUUGGUAAAAGUCGCCAUUGUUGGAAAAAUAUGGAUUGUAUCGAUUUGCAUCCGCCUAGUUCUGUAAAUGGAAUGACAUUAUUAGACAAAAGUUUGUUCAGAAAGGAAUAUUUGUAAACUAAUAUGGCACGUAAAGCAAAAGGUGGUAGCGCCAAGAAAAGCCCAGCAAAAGCAGCCAAAAAUAUUUUCAAAGUUGCCGGCCCGAAAACAAAUAAGAAAAAAGCAAAAGAAGUACAAGUUAAACUUAAGAAGUUAAAAGAAACUGUUAAAAAUAAGCAAGAAAAGGUCGAUGAAAGUUUAAAAGAACUACAUAAAGACAUGGUAGUGAAAGAAGAUAAACCAAAAGCUUCACCAAAAAAAGCUGCCGGCAAAAAAACUCCAGCUGAUGCUAAAGGUGCAGCGAAAAAAGUUGGCAAAAUGAAAGUUAAAUAAAUUAAAGUCAAAUAUAUACCACAUAUAACUAAAAUAGUAUCAAUUAACAACAAUGCAAGUGGAACAAUAUAAAUAUACGUUUAUAAUUUGCCCACUAACAAAAAAAUUUUAAAAUAAGAUUUUGAUAAUUUGAUACAAAAUAUUUUGAAAUAAUAUUUUUAAUUUUUAUUAAAAGAUUCUUUAAUUAUAUACAUUCAUUAAAACUGUUGUAUACGUUUUGUAUACAUAAAGUAUACAUUUAGUAUACACUUUUCGGUUAGAAAAAUUAUGAAAACAAAAUUUUUAAACUUAUAUUAUAUAAGUUCAUAUACAUAAAAAAAACAAGAAAAUAU